ACGGUGUAGCUGCUGGCGCAAAAUUGCAAUCGCUUCCCUCCCUCCCGGUUUAGCCAUGCGGCGGCACUACGCGGCGCUCCUCCGCCGCGCCGCCUCGCUGCCGUCCCUCCCGCUCGUGGCCUCCCUCCACGCUGCCGCGCUGCGCCGGGGCGCGGUCCUCGUCCCCUCGCUCAUCCACGCAUAUUCCGCCUGCGGCGACCCAACCUCCGCGCGUAGCGUGUUCGACGGAUUGCCCGCGCAGGAGCAGACGCUCUCGGCGCGCACCGCGCUGGCCAGCGCGAUGUCGGCGCACGGACGGUGCCAGGAUGUACUCGUACUGUUCCAAGGACUGGAGGGGGAGAUGGACGAUAAAGCGGUGACGGUGGUCCUCGCCGCGUGCGCGAGGGCAGGGAUGGUGAGCCAGGGACGGGAGGUGUUCGCAAGGGUGAGGAGGCCGGCGCUGCAGCACUACACAUGCAUGGUCGAGAUGCUGGGACGGGCCGGGGAGGUUGAGGAGGCUGAGGGGCUGGUGGCGCGGAUGGAGGCGCGCCCGGACAGGGUUAUCUUUGCAGUGCUUCUGGCAGCUUGCCGGGUGCACGGUCGCGUCGAUGUGGCCGAGAGAGUGGCCAGGUUGAUGCACGGGCAUGGCAUUGCCUGAAUUUUUUGCGGGUAUGAUAUUUGACCAACUGACCAUUGUGUUUGUCGAUGUCCAUCUCAUCUCCAUGACUCCAUCCACUGUCUACACACCGGCUUCUUUGAUAUGAAGCUGAGAACAAAUGGUUGCAUUGGUGGUUCUUGAAGUUCAUCCAGUAAUGCAGUAGUAUGACACAAGCCCCUGGUUGGUGAAUCUGAAAUAGAAGUCUGUGCCGGUGAUUGUCGUGGGUGGUAAGACCGAUAUGUAAUUUUUUGUAGUGGAACCACAUGAGCGCCAGAACACUUCACUGAUUGACCUUAUGGAAGCACAGUUUGAAGGCAUCUACCAGGUUGCUAUAAAGUGAGUAAGACUACAGUUUGGAUCCCAUCGUUUUUCUCAUUCCUGACUGUGUAAGCUCCUGGAUUAACUCGAUGAUGGGUGUUCAUUUCUAGAGUGUGAUUUCUCAGGUUAUCUUGAUAGAGCCUAGCAGCCAAAAUGCAACACAAAGAGAAGUCACUAACUUAAUAGAAGAGCUUGUCAAACUUGACUGAAUUAUGGAGGGGCAGUUUUCAAUCAAUUUUGUGGCAGAACUGCAUGAACUAUCAAACUAAGGGAAGCCUAUUACUGGGUUUGCAUUUUGCAGCACAAAGUCGCAAAUCAAGUAACCUAUGAAACAGGAUUUUGUCUCUUUUAUGAUGAAUUUAAGUAGUGGAACCAUGACUUUCCGAGAAGCUGUUGCGAGGUCUACUAGAAUUCAGUUAAAGAUACUUUUUUUGAGAAAUACUUUUUAGGAGGUCUACUAGAAUUCAGUUAAAGAUACUUGUGCCUGCUGCCAUGGAAAUUGCCUUGAUGCUUGAGUAACUUUGCUCAAUUGCCCUUGUGAUGCAAUCCUCAAGUUCGCGCAACAUACUGACAGAACAAUUGACAGGAGCUCUAAGAUCCUCCAGAUAACGUACAAAUUGGUGCAAGAGAAUGCAGAGUUGGGCUUGGCUGGUAGAAGACAGAACUGCAGCCCGAUAGGAAACUAGCUGGAGCAGGGAUACAUCCAGGGGCAUCAGCAUUCUGAUCCAUGCUUAAAUCUUUGUGAACUCCAUGAACUGUCAAACUAAUGCAAGUGUGCUUACUGAGUUUUGCAUCUUGCAGCGCAAAGUCGUGAAUCCCAAUGACCUAUGAAACAAGGUGAUAUCUCUGCUAUGAGUGAAUCUAAGAAAUGGAGCCGAGAAACUGUGGUGAGGUCUGUUAGGAUUCAGUUUAAGAUGCCUCAGGAGUGCUGGCGUUCUCUCAUGGUGGAAAUUGUACUUGCUGCAAUGGUUCAGUGUACCCAUUAUAAGGCAGAUCCUCAUAAUGGUUAUUCUGUUCACUCUUGUGCCUGCUACCAUGGCGAUCACCACAUCUUAUUCUGUACAUAUGUGCCUUGAUGCUUGAGUAACUUAAUUCUUGUGAUGUAAUCCUUGAGUUGAUGUGAAACAUCUGUCUGGCAUGUGACUGAAGCUUUUGAAAUCCUCCAGCUGACUUGCACAUGGGUGCAAGAAAAUAGAGAGUUGGGCUUGGCUGGUACAAGGCAGAACAACUGCGGCCUGAUGGAAGGCUAGAAUGAAAAAAAGCGAUAAAUUCAGGAGAAUCAUCCUAUCCUCCACGCUUAAAUCUUGGCGGACUCAUAAAGCAGGGUAGUGUUAGUGCAAUUUCAUAUACAGUGACGAGUAUCUUGUGGUUGUGAGAGCAGCUCUUCUCUGUGCCAGACAUUGCUGCACCGAUGCUGAUAGAUCAAAAUGAUAGAUAAACAAACAAUCAGUGGUUGGCAGCCACCGCAAGGAGGAGUGGAGGACCUUCCAGGUGAAUCCUCGGAGGAAGUACUGACGGUGAACUCGCCUGUCAUGGCGCUUUCCUGCUCCUGCGAAGGGUUUCUUCGCAUUCGCAGAAGUUACCGGAUUCAGACCCUGUGGCAUGGUUCCGUUUGGUGGACGGUUUGUCUGCCAAGAACAGCACAUCCGUUGCUUUCGGUUCAGCGGGUGGUGCUGGAGUGCAAGCUUGCAAUGCUCCAAACUGAGGACUCCGCCGUGCGAAGCUACAUUUGGCGUUGCUUUCACCCUUGGUUUACCCGUGCUGGUCUGAUUGUACCGCAUACAGCCAAUGUGUUUUGUACAUCCGUGUCCUUCUUUUGCUGGUGGUAGAUAGGUAAGUCCUGUAUUGUCCUUUUUUCUAACUGAAUUUCGGAUUACCUUGCAAAAUCAAGUCUGCCUUUUCUUUGUUUUUCACGGGCGCAGAAGAAAAACUUGGCCUGAUCCUGAUAAUUGCAAUUUGCAAUCCCUGAUAAUUUAGUGUUAUCCUGGGCAGAGUUUUCCUUUUGACUUACGCACUACCAUGUUGAUUUAGGUAAGA